UGCAACCCAGCUUCCUACACACACACACACACAUUAACAAUUAAUAUUCAGUAAAGCUACACCAUCAUAUCAGCAGAGUGCAUUCCGUUUAUUAAGAAUCAUUUACUUGCAGGAGUAUGGAGGAAAUAUGCAGAGUUUGCAUGGGAACGACUGGAGCAUCAUUAAACAUUUUUGAUGAAGCACAGAAAUGGGACCCUUGCAUUGCUGACAUAAUAGCGGAGUGCACCGGGUACGUGGUUUGGCGAGGAGACUUACUGCCGGAAAACAUAUGUCCGCCCUGCCUUGAGGAUGCACUGAGUGCAUUCAGCCUUAAAAAAACAUGCGAACAAAGCCAUAAACUCUAUUUCCCAUUGAUGGAGGAGGAUAGAGGAGAAGACAUCUGUGAUAAUCUGGAAGACGAUGUGGAUUGGGAACCGUCAGAUAGUGAAACUGAGAAAUUGAACCAAUUUGAAACCGAUUCGAAGGUUCAAGAUGAUCAGAAUGCCGAUCAUCAGUUCAAAUGUAGUCUUUGCCCAAAGAGCUAUGCGCAUAAAUCGAAUCUAAAUAGACACAAAAAAUUACACACUGAAGAACGACCCUACAAAUGCUCAGACUGCUCAAAGUCGUUCAAACUAAAGUCCCAUCUUCAAGCACACACCCAUGCGCACACAGGUUAUCAAUGUUCCUACUGCUCGAAAUCAUUUAAGCAAAAAGAUAAACUCAAAGUACACCUCCGUUAUCACACUGGGGAGCGACCGUACAAGUGUACUCAUUGUUCUAAGGCAUUUAAACAUAAUAUAUCUCUUAAAAAUCACACACAAAGUCACACAGGAGAUCGACCAUAUAAAUGUUCUCACUGCUCGAAGUCAUUUCGAGAGCAAGCGUCUCUGGAGAUUCACAUCCCCACUCACACGAGAGUGCGACCAUAUCAGUGUACUCACUGCUCGAAGUCCUUUUUGUACCCUAAACUUCUACAAAUUCAUAUCCGUACGCACACAGGGGAACGACCCUUCAAAUGCUCCCUCUGUUCAAAAUCUUUUCAACAAAAAGCCCAGCUCAUUCAUCACAGCCGUACUCACACUGGGGAGCGACCGUAUAAGUGUAUGCACUGCUCGAAAUCUUUCUCUCACUCCGGAACUCUCCACAAACACAUCCGUAUGCAUACCGGUGAGCGACCCUUUCAAUGUUCUCACUGUUCGAGAUCAUUUAAGCUAAAAUCCGAUCUAAACAUACACACUCGUACGCACACAGUCGAUCGUCCCUACCAAUGUUUCCAUUGCUCGAAGUCAUUCAAAUAUAAAUGGUAUAUUAGCAGACACCUCCGUACCCACACGGGGGAGCGACCAUAUUUGUGUACUGACUGCUCGAAGGCAUUCAAACAUAAAACAUCUCUUAAAAAUCACGCCUGCAGUCACUCGCAAAAUUAUCGCUAG